GGCUCGGCUCUGGUUUCACAUUUCAUUUCCCUCGCACGCUACACCCGAAUUCCAGACGCUUUCUGGCUGCGCUGCUGCAUGGACUCAGAGCACGGUCCUUUGCCGUACCCAGCGGAGGCCGACGGGGCUUCCCUCAGCUCCAGGGAGUGGACCAUGAAGACGUCAAUUGUAUUUUUGCUUUGUGUCUCAGUUUUCCCAGGCUUUUCCCAGGGCAGAGUUGUUGGAGAGGAUGAAACUGGUUUUGCUGAAUGUAAUGUGUUCUUCCCUGGACAGAUCCCACCUGAAGGAUUUACCGAACCGUUCCACGUGAAAAUCUGUCAGCAGUACAACAAAGAGCCGCGCUUUGCGACCCUCUACAGUACUAAGGACAAAAUCCCUCUUUAUUCAGCUUUUAAGUAUACAAAGCCAGCCCAAAACGAGCAGGAGAGCUGGCUGGUCGAACCACAGAUAGACGAUCCAGAAAAUGACCUGCAUGAGAUGGUGCGUGAAGCCGAUGUCGUUGGCACUGUGGCCAACCUUGGUGUAAAUCAAGCCCUGACCUCAGACUAUGUGGGAUCUGGUUAUGAGAGAGGGCUGCUCAAUCCCAGCUUGCUCAAUGAGGAGGAUUUCCAGAUGGCCACUUACACGCUCACAAACGCCGUCCCUCUGAGCCCAUCUCUAAGCAAAAGCUGGCACAGAGACAUUGGAAGGGUAGUGGAGAAAGCUCUGGUCCCUUACUGCUCCAAGAAGGAUCAUCUGUAUCUCAUUGCAGGUGCAAUUCCUUCCAGUGUCCGAGUUAAGGGCAAGGUGUCAGUACCAGAGACCCUGUGGCUGGCAGCCUGCUGCGAUGCUCUGGAGGGAUGGUCACUGGGACUAGUGAAAAAAACAAAUGAUGAAGACAGCUUGGUGGACCUCACUGUGCAAGAGCUGCAGAAGCAGCUUCUAGCGGGAGUUCACUUGUUCAAGGGCAACUGUGGGGAAGACAACCAAAGCCAGGAGAAAGCAGAAGCAAUACUGCAAGCUGUCAGUCAGAUCCGCUCUGGAGAACAAGUAGGAACAAGUGACAACCAAGAAGCCAAAGACAGUGGCUUGGUGAGAAAAGUGGCUGGCAUCAUUGCUACCCCUUUCAUCAAACUUCUGGAACUCCUCAUCUACGUGUUUGUGGAACUGGUGAAAUUUGUGUUUUAUUUUCUGUGGCUUGUUAUCAAGUGGGUUGGUGGUACAGUUCUGGAUGGAGUCUACAGCCUGUGGAAUGGGGUGGUGUCCUACCUUAAAGCCAUCAGCAUGGUGCUCAUCAGCAUCCCCUAUGAUGUGGGGAGGGUCAUCGUCAACAUCUUCUUGGGCUUCCUGCAAAUUGUUCAAGAUGUGAUGUCCCUGACCUACAGGAUCCUGUGUAUCCCCGUGGGGUUUGUCCUUCACCUCGCUGCUUUCCCUUACCACUCCAUCUGUGCCAUUCCCUCCGUCCUCAAAGACAUGGCCACUGGGAUCGGGGGCACCUUCUCGCUGGUCAUUGAUGCCACAGCUGCACUUCUGCAUGGCUUUUAUUACCUGGCUGGUCACAUAGUCAAACGAUUUGUACCCAAAGGCUCCUCUGAUGACUGA